AUGGCUUCAGAAAAUCCUGAACCACCUUCUCCACCAAAUAACAGAGAAGCAACUAAUCAGUCUUCUAAGAAGAGGAGUCAGACGCAGAAACGGCUUACCGCGGCUCAGAAGGAGCGUGAUAGAAGGAGAGCCAUGAUAGAGCAAUGUCAUGUCCAAUCUCAAUUUGGCUUGGAUAUAAUCCUGCAAGACGGAAUAACUAAAACCACCUUCACGAAUUACAUCGGAGAACAUCAAUCACAAAUCUUUUAUGGAGGAUUUGAUAUUCAAAGACCCAAUAGAUCUAAUAUCCACAUUGCUUUGGGUCAACCCACUCCAAUAGACUUAGGGAAUAGUGAUAGUGGACCCGCAGUCUGCUUGGCUGUACCUACUUAUAUUUUCUGUCGAUUUCCAUCAUCGGAAAAGCCGAUUUCUUCGGCUACUUCUGAUUUAAACAAUCUUCCAUCGCCCCUUUCGGGUGUCUCCCCUAGUUGUACGUCAAAAAAUGGAUUAUGCCUUGUUACCUUUAAAAUCUACUUCCCGGUCCACUUUAUGGCUUCUGCUAAUAAAAUUAGUUCCAGAGUUCGAUGCGGAAAGGAAGCGAAUUUGCGAUACACACCACGUUUCAACGAAUUCGUAGAGUACUAUAAUGAACCACGAAAGAACGCUUCAAUCUCCAAGCUUAAUCAGAAUCGUCUCAGUAUGGAGGUAAAUGAAUUUGUGAGACGUGUACUCCUAUCCCAUCAAAACCUCAGUCACUUGAAGGAACACUCAAUGAAACUUCCAGACUUUUCCGUUUUCUCCAAAACUGAAAUAGAUACAGCUGAAUCAACCUACAACUAUGCUCCCUCUUCACCUGAUAUCAUUCCCACUUUUCUGGUUCUCCCACUUCGCACCUAUAUGCGGAUCGCGGCAUUAAAAAAUCGAUUGGAUUUAGGAUGGAAAUCUCUUCCUCCUUGUCACAUGGGCAACCCUAUGCGUCUAACUAAGACAACUAGUGCUCAGAAGGAUCCAACUGAGAACACCAUGACUUGGGCCGAAUGGACAGGUGUAAAAGAUGCUCUCACUUUACCUCCUGACGUUGUUUCCAAAAUUAUUAACUGUGAUAAAUCACUGGAGGUGAGAAUCGUCUUUAUCCGACGGACAUCAGGGGACUGUGGGAAGGCUAUCUCACAAGUAAUCCAGGAGUGCCAACUUGAACCUGCAAGGAUUCGACGCACAAACAGUAAAGACUCUGAGGAUUACAAAUUCUUAAAAGUGAAACAGCUAGUUCUUACUGACAAGGUUAAGGAAUUUUUCAUCGCCGACGCAGACACCAUUCCUCGUAAAUCCCUUAAGUUCCAAGAGGUUUGGUCCCGCGAUAUUGAUUCUAAUCCCUAUAUUAUGAAUCUCAACGCAAAAGCCCUAUCAUCUAUACGCUCUGUUAAACCCACGAUAAAUGAGUUAUUCGGAGAUUUAGGCACCAAGAAAACAACUGUAAAUGGAGAUGCUAAUAUCACCACUCCCAACACUACUAACAACAAUGCACCGCGAAGGAAUGGUGUUGGUGAACAACUACCAGAACCGCAGCUCUAUCAGCGACCCUCUAGACUACAUGUGCCUCCUCAACGUCUGCAAAUGGCUGAUACCGACUUGCUAAGAGCAAUUCAUAAGCGAACUCAUUCUGAUGCGGAGUUGUUGCGACUCUGCCAACAAGCUAUUGGACCAGAAGUGGAGCACAAUCAUUCAAAUGGACGACAUCGACCUUCUUCCCCCUCUGCAACCUCUGAUUCGGCCUUGAGUACUAAAAUUUCGAGGAAAAGCGGUGUUAAACGAAAACAAUCGUAUGAACAAUCUUCUGAUAAUAAGACCAGCACAAAGAGAAGAAAAGUGGAAGAACAAAAAUUGCUUACUAAGGGAACAAUAACAACAGCGCCCAAAUGUGGAGAUUCUAAGGCGAAAAGCGGACUUUCUUCAUGGGCAUAUGCGAAGCAAAGACAAUCCAUUAAGAUAACUUCCAAAAUGCCAAAUUCGAAUCCAAUAACUCUUGAAGCAAAUGACCCCUACGCACUACCCUCAUCCCCUAUAGAUGCCAAUAAUAAUAUCGGCUUAUCACAAAAUCAUAGUCUUUCCCUGCCUUCAAAGAAAGCCGAACGUUCUCCUUCACCGGAGCCUCCUGUUUUGGUUCCUGAAGGAAAGCUAGAUGACGGCAGUUUUGAACGUCUGGGUGAUGGAAAUAGAAAUGACUGUGAUUCCGAGGCUAACAAGAAGAAGCAGGAGGAGAAGAUGAAUGGUGAAGGUAUUCCCUCACCGGUUUUGGAUAAUCAUCGAAACAAUGAGGCUUGUGAUGAUACAACCUCUUCUCCCCCGACAUUGUCGAGGUAUUCAUCAAGUACGGAGCAAUCGAUAACGAACGGAGGAAAAGCACACCUGACGUAUUUGAAUUCUCAACCGGUGAGUAACUGCCCAUCUAAUGGGCUACCGCCGUAUGCACUUAGUCGUUCCUCUACUCUUCAACCAAAUCUCAUUCAGUCCACUCAACCUCCUCUUCCCGCGAAAUUUCCCUCUCAACCUCCUGCAGUGUCCUCUUCUCUUUCAUUCCAAAUGCCGGUCGAUGCUCCUCAGGUAGCGAAUAGUUCAAUCAAUAGUAACGAUUCCCCAGGCCAACGGCAAUCAGCUGCUGUACAUAAUCCAAAUACACCGUUUCAACCUCCGCACAGCCUCUGGAAUGGUGUCUUGUAUCAUAGUGGUGGUAGUAGUAGUAGUCAACCGGCAACAAUGUGGACACUUAGAGAAACACCCUUACCAGCUCCCGACAAUAACAGUAGUGUCACUGAAAGCAUUCCUCAUUUAUUCACUCCGACGGUCGCUUUCCCUAUGACUUUCCUCUCCCCUGGAUCUAUUGUGCCAAUUCCUACGCCUACUCCCUUAAUUACACCAACUAUUGCCCUGACAACCCAAUCACCCCAACUUACGAGUACUUUAAAUACCGCCUCGCUCACUCCCGAAAUGGCUACAUUUCUCAAUUACUACGCAUCUUUCAUUUCUGCCGCUGGUCUGCUCAAUCCUGGUCAAUCCCCAAAUAAUGACCAAUCUCCCAUAACACUACAUUCCGAAUCUUUUUCCAUGCCUCUUCCUCCUCCCCCGACUGUUGCCAAUACCAGGCCGUGGAAUAGUAGCAAUCAACAAAGAGGUGGUCUUUUGUAA